UCUUGCAAAGCCGCGACCUCACCUGUGUGUUGUGUCUGAGUGCCCCGCACCUGGCUUCCUCCGAAAUUAUUUUUACACUAUUGUAAAGUAGUGUUCAUUAUAGUUUCCGGAUUUGUUUUAGUUACCGCAAUCCUGUAAAUAAACCCACUUUUUGGAAAAUGAUCAAAAGGAUAUCCUGAAGUAUUUGUUUGCACUUGGGAUCUCUCAGUCGAACAGAAAGGGGACCAUGAGGGGCGAGGGAGGAGGAGUGGACGGAACCAAACUCGGUAAAUCCGAGAAGGACCAGAGUUGGAUCCCCAAAAUCAUCAAGAAAAGAGUGUGCACCACCUUUGUGGAAGAUUCUUUCAGUAAUGGCGCACUGUGUCAGUGCGGCGGUGAAAGAGAGGCCCACGGCUCUGUGGCUCUCGGGGACUAUUUCAGCACAGCGAUUGUCAACCGCUGGGACAGCGCCCAGCACUCCUCUGAAUACCCGACUGAUGCCUUUGGAGAGUUGCAGUUCACAGGAGCCAGCAAGAGGCAUAGCUACUUCCUGCGUCUGUCAUGGGACACCCCCCCGUCUAUGGUCUACACCCUGAUGACAGCCCACUGGGGUCUUCCUUUGCCUAACCUGGUGGUUUCUGUAGUGGGCGGAGAAGGCAGGACAAAAGUGAAGACUUGGGUACGGGAGGUCUUGAGGCAGGGACUGGUGAAAGCCUCACAAAGCACAGGAGCGUGGAUCCUGACGGCAGGCUUGCGAGAAGGCGUCGGCAGGUGUGUUGGAGAGGCGGUGAGGGAUCAUGCAACUGCGGCCUCGUCGGUGUCCCUCAACAAGGUGGUGGCUCUGGGUAUCGCUCCCUGGGGCCUGGUGGACCACCGACAGCAGCUUGUCAACCCUCAGGGCAGCUUUCCUGCUAAGUACUACGUUAAGAACAUGUCCCAGGACUCCUGCUGUCUGGACAACAACUACCAGGCCUUUCUGCUGGUGGACGAUGGGAGUGUGGGACGCAGAGGAGGGACGGAGUUCAGGGCCAAACUGGAGGACUACAUCUCCCACCAGCGCACAGGCAUCUGGGGCAGCGGCAGCAUUAACAUCCCUGUUCUUUGUAUGCUGAUAUCGGGGGAAGCAAGCAUGCUGGAGAGAGUGGAUCUUUCUCUUAAAAAGUCCAUGCCCUGGCUGGUGCUGGCUGGCUCAGGAGGCCUGGCUGACUUCUUGAGCGACGUCUUGGACAAUCUGUCAUCAGCACCGGUUGUGCAGUCGUCCGGCGAGGGGGAUGUCGAGGCAGGUCCCAGCGUGGAUCUGAAAGACAAAGUCGCAGAACGGGUUAAAAGGCACUUCCCUUCUGAAGCAGAGUCGGACAAACUAGUUGAACGGGCUCUGAGCAUCUACCAGAACAGAGACUUCAUUACAAUCUACCAUGGAGAGCAGGAGGGCCCAAAUGACUUUGAUACAGUCCUGCUCAAAGCCUUGGUUGGAGCGAGUAAGCAUCGUGCGUCAGCUGAUGCCAGCCCUUACAAUGAAGAGCUGAAGCUGGCGGUCACAUGGAACAGGGUUGACAUUGCCAAGAGUGAACUCUUCAACGGAGACAUCCAUUGGAAGUAUGAAGACUUGGAAGACUCCAUGACGGAUGCCCUGAUCAACGACAAGCCUCAGUUUGUGCGUCUUUUCACUGAGAACGGCCUCAACAUUCUGGACUACCUGACUUACGGCAGGCUGGAAAGCCUUUACCGCUCGGUGCCUGAUGGGACGGUGCUUUACCAUCUGCUUCAGCGCCGUCUAGUGGAGCGACUAGGAACGGCAGCCUCUGCGCCGACCUCAAACCAACAGGACUCUGCUUCCAAAGUGGCAGCAGAGCACAUACAGAGUGGCCCAGGAACGGAGAUGAGCCUUUUCGAGGUUGCAAGGGUCCUGGAGCUGUUAAUGGGUGACAUCUGCCAGCCAUUUUACUAUGAUGUUUUGGGCUUGGAACAGAUCUCAUCCAAGAGGAGAGCACUUAGGCAUGCCAGUAAGCUGCUGCGGGGAGAAUGCCUUUAUCGGGAAAAGCGCUGCCUCUUCCCCUGGGCUUCGCUUUUCGUCUGGUCCGUCCUCCAGAACCGCAGCGAGAUGGCCACCUUCUUCUGGGAGAUGACAGGGGAGUCGGUGCUCAGUGCUCUGAGUGGCUGUAAGAUUCUGAGGGAACUUUCCAAGCUGGAGGCUGAGGCGGAGAACAAACUGUCCAUGAAAGAGCUGGCCCAGAAGUUUGAGAACGUGGCACACGACAUGUUCAGCUCUUGCUAUCGGAGCAAUGAGAGUCGCUCUUUCACCCUACUGAUUAGGAAAUCUCCAGUUUGGGGUGGUACCACCUGCCUUCAGAUGGGAAUGGGUGCCGAUGCACGACUGUUCUUCAGCCAUGACGGAGUACAGUCUCUGUUGUCCCAGAUCUGGUGGGGGGACAUGAAGAGGAACACCGAUGUGUGGAAGCUCCUGCUCACCUUCUUCUGCCCCGUCCUCUGCUACACCAACCUCAUCUCCUUCAGGAAACAAGAGGACCAGCAUCAAGGGGAGGAGAAGCCCAACGAGGACGGACUGGGCAAGGACAGCGACAGCCUCUACGGCACCACCAUCUUCUCUUUCUCGGACAUCAAACACAUUGAAGAGGAUGCCCAAGGUACACUCUCUCCCAGGUCCAUUAGAGGCAUACCUCACUCUCGCAGACCACCAAAGCGCCCGUUCAUCGUGUCAAGAUGGCGUGAGUUCUGGUUUGCACCCGUCACCGCAUUUUUGGGCAACGUUCUGAUGUACUUCCUGUUCCUCCUGCUGUUUGCCUACGUGCUGUUGGUGGACUUCAAGCCCCCGCCGCCCUCUGGUCCGGCCAUCACUGAAUAUGUGCUGUACUUCUGGGUAUUCACCAUCGUGUGUGAGGAGAUCCGGGAGACGUUCUUUUUGGGGACGAUGACGAUGCGUCAGAGGAUCAGAGUGUACAUCCAGGAUGUGUGGAACAACUGUGACCUCACUGCCAUCGUGCUGUUCAUCAUUGGAGUAAUCUGCAGGAUGUUCACAUGGUCAUAUGGAUUUGGCCGGGAUGUCCUGUGUGUGGACUACAUGGUCUUCACCCUCCGUCUCAUUCACAUCUUUGCCAUUCACAAACAGCUGGGACCAAAAAUCAUCAUUGUUGGCAAGAUGAUGAAGGACAUCUUCUUCUUCCUUUUCUUCCUGAUGGUGUGGCUCAUGGCAUACGGAGUAGCCAAUCAGGCUUUGCUUUACUCUUAUGACCCGAGCUUAGAACGCAUCUUUCGCCGUGUUUUCUACCGGCCGUACUUGCACAUAUUUGGACAGAUCCCUGUGGAAGAGAUGGAUGUGGGGAAGCAGUGGGACAUGCCCUGCACAGACAACGUGACAUUGAUUCAGAGCGGUUAUGAGCCGUGCAGGACUCAGUAUAGUAACUGGCUGGUGGUAAUUCUGCUGAUUGUCUAUCUGCUGGUCACCAAUAUCCUGCUCAUCAACCUGCUCAUCGCCAUGUUUAGCUCCACCUUCUCUGAAGUGCAGGCUAACAGUGACAUCUACUGGAAGUUCCAGCGCUACACCCUGGUAGUUCAGUACCACUCCCGUCCUUCCCUGGCUCCUCCUUUCAUCAUCCUCUCUCAUAUCAAUCUCUUUAUCAAAAGGAUUAUCCGCAAAGUGCCCUCUAUCAAGAUCCACCACUUUGUUUUGCAGUUACGAGGGAAAGCAGCCAACAAGCUGAUGACGUGGGAAACCAUCCAGAAGGAGGACUUCUUAACUGGCCAGAACACGAUCCAGAAAAGCAGCGACUCAGAGAGGCUCAAACGGAUGUCUGCCAAAGUGGACGGUGUGCUUAAACAUGUGACUGAAAGCAGAGACUUUGACCACAGGCUGAGGGCUCUGGAGAACGAGAUGGAGUACUGCUCAAAUGCUCUGAGCUGGAUUGUUGAUACUUUGGCACAAGGCAGCACGUUCAAACCUCCUCGUCCUCCUCCUACAUCAAGAGAUUCGUUCCUCUCUUCUGCCAAUCCCACCUGAUCCAGCCGUGGCGACGCCUUCGCUCGCUCGGGUCGGUACAAGAUCAUAUUUAAGUGCUUUUACUUUGGACGCUACACACUCACCAUUGUUACUGUUUGUCAGCUACAGUAUGUUCAUCACUGGACUCUGUUACCGAAGAUCUUUACUUGUUCUGAACUGAAAAUGUGUAGCAGCCAUCACUUCUUGUUACUGUAUUGAUUAAAUGCAAAAGCUGAUACUUUAAGUGUUCAUUUGAUCAUCUUUAAAUGCUAAAGUCAAGUGUGUGUGUGUAUUUAUGAUGGAUUUUAUGUUUUUUUUGAAAAUGCUAUCAUGUCUUCAUUGCUGUAGUUUUAAGCUGACUGGUGGAUAUACUGACUUAUAUUUUUUUUUACAGAGGUUACAUUCACUGCACAUACUGUUUUAAUCCUUUUGUGGUCUGUUACUUUCUGUAAAUGUUAAACCAUGUAUUUGUAAUGCCAUACUACUUUAGUCUGUUCAAUAAAUUGUAUAUGCAGUA